ACAAUGGGCUCUUGCCAGGCGGCUCCGACAUCUGCCCGGCAGCCAGGGCCCUUGCUGCACUGGGUGGGAAGGUGACCCCUGCACCCCACAGUACCUUCAAGUAGCCCCCGUGACACCGUGUGCCCUCUGACCCUGAACCCCUACUCCCGGUCACGCGCCGCCCAGACAGUCACGGUGGCUUCCGAGAAACCUGCACGCGCGCUUUGUGGCAGUCGCGUCCGCGUCAUGGGCAGGAGAGAGCAAGACACGGGUCCAGCCCCGGGGACUGGAGGAGCGCUCGGGUGGCCGAGAAGCAGCCUGUCCGAACUCAUCCGCUCCCAACGCAGCCGGCGCUGUCCAGGUGCUGGCCCCCGAAGGGAAGCCCCACCGGACGACAGCGCGCCAGCACAGAGGGAAAGUAGCGGCUCGCGCGGGCUGGUGGCCUCGCCCACGCGUAGAGCUGAGGGAGGAGGGAGCGAAGGGCUAGCAGUGGGCAGGGGCAGCGGGAGUUUCAGGCCAGCCCUGCAGUCCACCCUCUGAGCGCCCAGGGGCACUGCGCUGGGGACCGCCGCCCGGCUCGCGCGCUGCAAGGACGCCACGGCGCUCUGACGUCAUCUUUCGCCGACUCCCAAGAGUCAGCCGUGGGCGUCGCCAUGAUGCGUUACGGACGCUGACAGGGCUUCCCCCGCGGCGCCUCUCCAACUCUCAGAGCGUCACGAAGCGUACCGCAGGCACAAAGCCACUCAGCUGCGCUGCCGCUCGACACCCCGACCGUGGGGCCUCAGCGCCCCACGGCCCGCAGCCCAGAGGGCGCCGCCAUGUUCGGGUCCUCGCCGGGUCGCGUUGGUGUCUUCAUAAGACGCUAGCUCGGCGGCGCGUGGCUUCCCCCCAAGAUGGCGUCCAUGCGGGAGAGCGAUACGGGCCUGUGGCUGCACAACAAGUUGGGGGCCACGGAUGAGCUGUGGGCGCCGCCCAGCAUCGCUUCCCUGCUCACCGCCGCGGUCAUCGACAACAUCCGUCUCUGCUUCCAUGGCCUUUCGUCGGCGGUGAAGCUCAAGCUGCUUCUCGGGACGCUGCACCUUCCGCGCCGCACGGUGGACGAGAUGAAGGGUGCCCUGAUGGAGAUCAUCCAGCUCGCCACACUCGACUCGGACCCGUGGGUGCUCAUGGUCGCCGACAUUCUGAAGUCCUUUCCUGACACAGGGUCGCUUAACCUGGACCUUGAGGAGCAGAAUCCAAAUGUUCAAGACAUUUUAGGAGAACUUAGAGAGAAGGUGGGUGAGUGCGAGGCAUCUGCCAUGCUGCCACUGGAAUGCCAGUACUUGAAUAAAAAUGCCCUGACGACCCUCGCUGGACCCCUGACUCCCCCAGUGAAGCAUUUUCAGUUGAAGCGGAAACCCAAGAGUGCCACGCUGCGGGCAGAGCUACUGCAGAAGUCCACCGAGACAGCCCAGCAGCUAAGGAGGAGUGCUGGUGUGCCCUUCCACGCCAAGGGACGGGGGCUGCUCCGGAAGAUGGACACCACAACCCCACUCAGAGGCAUCCCGAAGCAGGCGCCCUUCAGAAGCCCCACGACGCCCAGUGUCUUCAGCCCUGCUGGGAACCGGACCCCAAUCCCACCUUCAAGGACACCACUGCGGAAAGAAAGGGGUGUGAAGCUGCUUGACAUCUCUGAGCUGGAUAUGGUUGGUGCCGGCCGGGAGGCAAAGAGGAGGAGGAAGACGCUAGAUGCAGAGGUGGUGGAAAAACCACCUAAAGAAGAGACAGUUGUUGAAAAUGCCACUCCAGACUAUGCGGCUGGCCUGGUGUCCACACAGAAACUUGGGCCCUUGAACACUGAGCCUGUGCUGCCCUCAACGAGCUACUUGCCCUCCACGCCCAGUGUGGUUCCUGCCUCCUCCUACAUCCCCAGCUCUGAGAACCCCCCUGCCUCAUCUUCUCGGGAAGCCAGCCUUCAGGCCAGCCGGCCAUCGGAAGAGCCCAGUGCCCCGAGCCCCACGCUGCCAGCACAGUUCAAGCAGAGAGCACCUAUGUACAACAGUGGCCUGAGCCCAGCCACACCCACGCCUGCAGCACCCACCUCACCCCUGACACCUACUACGCCCCCAGCCAUUGCCCCUACUGCCCAGACACCCCCAGUGGCCAUGGUGGCCCCACAGACCCAGCCCCCUGCCCAGCAGCAGCCUAAGAAGAAUUUGUCCCUCACAAGGGAGCAGAUGUUUGCUGCCCAGGAGAUGUUCAAGACGGCGAACAAGGUCACACGUCCCGAGAAGGCCCUCAUCCUGGGCUUCAUGGCAGGCUCCCGAGAGAACCCAUGCCAGGAGCAGGGGGACGUGAUCCAGAUCAAGCUCAGCGAGCACACGGAGGACCUGCCCAAGGCAGAUGGCCAGGGCAGCACCACCAUGCUGGUGGACACAGUGUUCGAGAUGAACUAUGCCACAGGCCAGUGGACGCGCUUCAAGAAGUACAAGCCCAUGACCAAUGUGUCCUGAGGGUGCCUGCCCAACUUCCAGCCCUGACCAGGGCUCCAAGGGGCGACAGCUUUGGUUUCAAGCAGCCAGGUGGUGGACACCUAGCAGGUUCCUUAAGUUUUAGAUCUGUUUCUCUGGGGUGUUUUGGGCUUGUUUUUUAAAUUUUAAUAUGGGUUAAUUUUUGUGUGAUUUAAGAUACUAUUUUGGAUUCCAUAUAACAUUUUUGAAUGUUAAAGUGAACCAAAAGUUAUAACAUUCUGAUUUUAGUGAUAGCUCUGCCUGUUAGACUUACACCCUUAAAAAAAUUUUUUUUAAUUCCAUUGACCUCAAGUGAGGGCUUUUCCUUGCUUAGUGCAGUGCCCUCCCUCCCCAGCAUGGUUGAGGGGACCAGAGGUGGCACACAGCAGUGCUGGGGACCGGGUGAGAACACCCCAGCCAUGCCAGAGAACAGGAAACAGUGCUCUGUCCACCACCGAGGCCUGCCUGGGAGUUUUAUAUUUGUCUUUUGUACAGUUGCUGACACUUUAGACAGUCUUUGGGUACCUAUUUUCAUUGUAAAAUGAUCUGAAUAAUUAAAGUUUAGCUUUUCUAAA